UCUCAAAGGAUUGUUAACAUCAAAUUACCAACCUCCUAGAGUUUGCCAUAUUUCCUAUACUCCAGGAUGUAUCAAGUUGGGAAAGGGAAGAAAAUAAAAUGAAUGAAAUUCUAGUCGACCUCAUUCAAUGUACGUGUAUUAGUGGUAUUAACAUGAUCACAUACCUGUUUUUCGUUAUUUUAUUUCAACCUGAUUGGAGUAUAGCUGAGAAUGGUGGAUGUAGCGAGAGUACGCAUGGAUGCUGUGCGGAAACAAUAUGGAAUGAAACACUCGGCAGAUGUACAGGAUGCAUGCCUGGAUACUUUGGCCAGUACUGCAAUAAAACCUGUGAAUAUCCACGAUAUGGUAUGCGCUGUAUGAAGAAGUGUGAAUGUGAACAGGACAGAUGUAACUUCGUAACAGGAUGUCCACACCAAGAAUUUGCAGUACUCUUUACUUCACAAGCAACGGAUUACUCUAUGGAAAUGCAAAGAGCAGACUCAGAUAAUUCUACGAAUAAACCAAUAGGUAAUUGUAUUCUAGUCUAAACAUUAUUUUCCCUCUUUUGAUGGGGAUCUAUAUUUAUGCAAUGUAUGAUACCAUGCAUACAACGGAAUAUAUACCGACGCGUAGAAAAAAAAAGUGUGCUCUAAAAUAGGCAUAUGUACACUAAUUACCAAUUAAAGACAACUUUUAUGUCUAUUGUUUGAAAAUAAUUAUAUUGUACCCAUCAAGUUCUGGCAAGGGGACAAUGAUUCAGCAUUCCACUAUUCCAAAUCUCUUGAGCUGUUUUUGUGCUCAAUAUCAACGACUUCUAUUAUGUAUGCAUCAACAUAUUACACAUCCAUUUUAUCAUUGAUUUCAUAGUAUUUGAAGUACAUGUGUAACAUUUCAAUGCAUCACAUUUUCGAUAAAAGUACGAACCAUCUAUAUAUUUCAGAAUGUGGGAAUAAAGUAUCAAUGUAUAUAUUGUUUGUCAUAGUUGGGUAAGGAAAUCAAUGGAAGAAUUUGGAGUACGUUCGGCACUCACUAGUGAUACAAUCAUUCCAUCCCUCCAUUAUAUCCUCGUCAUACAAACAACAUCGAACUGUUUCCUUCGAUAACUUGUAAUUUAAUGGUCGUCAAAUGCAUGCACCAUUGGUAAGUCUUACUGAUACACAGCUCCAUUACAUGUGCAUGUUACAUUGCCAUCAGUCACAUAAACCUUACUCUUUGUCUUUAUAAUAAUCAAUCGGGAUAAAGAAACUUUACUUCAACUGGUAUCGUUGUGACCUCCAUUCAUGAAAUGGACGAUGCCAUUUCAUUUAU